UUCAUUCACAAUAUUGUGUCAUUAAAUAAAAAUUAAAUUAAGAAAUUAGUUUUUAGCUCAUAAAAAUUCUUAAUUCUGCAAUAUGAGUUGUUUUGGUUUAUGUGGCACCGAAAAAAAGCCCAAUAAAUAUGAUGAAUUCAGGGUAGUUUAUAACAGGGCGGCGGAUACUGUGGUUAUAGAAACCCAAACCUCCGAUCAUGAAGUUCCCCAAAAAACACACAAUACAGUGGCAAUAAUUGAUUGUGGCACUUCUGUUAUAAGGGCGGGGUUUGCAGGCGAUGAAGCUCCUUUAAUAACAAUACCCACAAUUGUGGGUAAAUCCACUGUUGAUGAUAUAACUAAAAAAGUAUUUGGUUCUACAGCUCUAACCAGUAGUAAUGCCUAUAAACUUACAUAUCCAGUGGAAAGAGGUUUUAUCAAAGAUUGGCAUGAUGCCGAAGAACUACUAGAACAUGUGAUCGAGAAGGACUUGCACAUACAACCUAAAAUGCAACAAUUGAUGCUUACCGAAGCGCCCAAUAAUCCACCAGCCAAUCAAGAAAAAACUGCCGAAAUGAUGUUUGAAAAAUUUCAAUUCAAUUCGUUUCUCCUAGUGCCCUCUACACCAAUGGGCAUGUAUGGUUAUGGCUCAACAACUGGAGUUAUAGUAGAAUCUGGUGCCGGACAAACUCAUAUUGUGGCUAUUAAAGAUGGUGACUAUAUAAAAGAUUCGUAUAGACAUAUACCAUUAGGUGGCAAUGAUUUAACCAAAUAUAUGGGUCAAAUUUUAACCCAAAGUGGUAAUGCCAGGUACUUCCAUGGCAAACGUAACGAACAGGAAAUUUUAAAUGAAAUCAAACGUAUUGGCUGUCAUAUAGUUCUGAACUAUGAUGAAGAAUUGAAAAAUUCUCAAAUGAAUCCUGAUUUUAUAGCUGAUCAUGCUAUAUUGCGUGAUGGCACUAUGAUUGGUUUGAAAACAGAGUCCUAUCAGGUGCCCGAGUUGUUAUUUAAGCCGGAAAUAAUUGGUAUUCAUACGGGUGGCAUACCGCAAAAUAUUUACGAAUGCAUUGAAGCUUGCGAUCCUGUUCUAAAAACACAAUUAUAUGGCAAUAUUUGUUUGUGUGGUGGCAACACCAUGUUUCACGGCAUACGAGAUCGUUUACUUUGGGAAGUGAGAACUUUUGCGGGACCCAAUGUCAAUGUGAAGAUUAAUGCUUUGCCUCAGCGAGAAAAUUUAGUUUUCUUGGGAGCUUCUCUGUUGGGUGUUUGUCCAAAGUUGAGAGAUAAUUUGAUAUCGUAUCAGGAAUAUCGGGAGGUUGGUGCUCAAAUAGUGCAUUGGAAAUUCUUUUGAUUGUUCGAAGGAUUUAUAAAAUAUUGAUUUGGAAGUCUCAAGGUGGCUGAAACAACUCAUAAAGCAGAAUUUUAUAUAAAUUUAUUUAUGGAAAUAGAAAAAUAAUGAUUUCAAUUUUAAACAAAGCUGCUAAUCUUUUGCUAGUGUUAUUCGAUUUUAAAAUUAUGUGAUACUCUGAAACUUCUAGUUUUUGAGACAAAUAUCAUGGCAAAUUUAUUUAUUCAGGAGCCGAAUUACCGAAUUCGUGAUCGAACAAAUAGUCAAAUAGUUCGACUCUUUGACAGCAGUACCUAACUCUAAACAUGUGUUAGUAACAAAAAUGUACAUGUGUUGGUGCCUUUUUAAAUUUCACCAGACACACAGAGUUCUAUAAAAAUGUUUAAAUUUUUAUUUAUUUCAAUAUUUUCAAUACCAUAAAUUGAGACUCUGUUCUAUAUUUUAAAUUCUUCCACAAACAAAAUAAAAUGUCAAGUCUCAAGUCAAGUCUAAAGUCAAGCCUCAAGUCUCAAGUCAAGUCUCAAGUCAAGUCUCAAGUCAAGUCUCAAGUCAAGUCUCAAGUCAAGUCUCAAGUCAAGUCUCAAGUCAAGUCAAGCCUCAAAAUUGUUUCUCCAAACAAUUUCUGGAAAGGGAUGUUUCAAUGUACCAAUUUUUCGCGCAAGGUCAAUUUUGCAAAAGACAAAUCUUUGAAAGACUGGGCAAAAUCAUCAACGGGUUCCACAAAAUCUUCAACGGCAAAGCAAAAAAUGUUGAUGAUUUGUGGACAAUGGGACCAACUUAUUCGACAAAAGUGGUGACUUGGAGACACUUAACUCCAGUCUUCCUUCAGAGAUGUUUAGAGUUAGGUACUUUUUCAAUAACACAUGUUUAGAGUUAGGUACUGCUGUCAAAGAGUUGUUAUACUUUGGUACUAAAUUUCUUGAUCGAUAUGAUGAUAAUUUGGCUCCAGAUAUGUGAUGAAAAUCUAUCGAUUUCAAAACUAUAGAUUUGAAAAGAUGUGAUGUUUUUCUAUCGACUUCACAGAUGUUUUAACAAAUGACAUCUUCUUCUCUAUCAAAUGACAAAUAUAUAAUAUUUAAGUUCAAACGAUCUAGGCAAUAAAAAAUCGUUAUUUUAACGUCAUGGAAUGACUCAUUAAUUCUAUAUUGGAAGGUCCUCAAGUCAAGUCUCAAGUCAAGUCUCAAGUCAAGACUCAAGUCAAGUCUCAAGUCAAGUCGCAAGUCAAGACAAGUCUCAAAUCAAGUCAAGUCUCAAGUCUCAAGUCAAGUCAAGUCUCAAAUCAAGUCAAGUCUCAAGUCAAGUCUCAAGUCAUGUCUCAAGUCAAGUCUCAAGUCAAGUCUCAAUUCAAGUCUCAAGUCAAGUCUCAAUAUGCAUAAAUCGUCGUAUUUACGGUCAAUUGGCAAAUUAUUCAAAUUAAUUUUCAAUAACGUAUUUGCAACAUCAGUUUUCGCACGGUCAUGAUUGUAUGAUGAAUGAUCAAAUUGAACGCUUCUGCUAGUUCAGAUAUGAGCUUAAUUAGUUAAA